AUGGAAGCUAGUGAUGACGGCGCCACCCCUACGCCUGGACCAAGUCCGUCUGCCGGCCCCAGUGCUCCGCGCCAACAGGUUCGCGCCUUUUUGUCAUGCGGCUUCUGUCGCAAGAGGAAGCGGAAAUGCGACCGGUCUCUACCCGAGUGCUCGCUCUGUCGAAGACACCGACGGAAAUGCAUCUAUCCCCAGCGCAGAGUCCCUACCCCGAGAGCAGAGGAGGACGGGGAGGAGGUCGAGGAGGUGUCUCUCCCCACGGAAAAAAGAAUCGAGCCUCAGCCGGCAGAGGCGGUGGUCGUCUACUUUCUGGAUCGCGAUGUUUUCAAAUGCGGCCAGAUGGUGGUCGCGGAUGUGCAGUCGACCGUGCCUCGAAACGUGUCAGCCCUUCUAGGAGAUGCUGCCACACUUCGACAGGACGGCGCAGAAUACUUUCGGACCGUCCACUGUUGGUGGUCGAUCAUUUCCAAGCAUUCGUUCUACAACCGCCUCGUGAACCCGUUGGUGCCACGACAAGGGGAUGUCGCCCUGCUUUUGCUCUGCAUGAAACUGAUCAUCUGGAGGCCGUCGGAGGAACGACAAGACCCUCGGACGCCGUUGUAUCUGGCUGCAAAGCACUACGCAACCGAGCUCGAGGUAGCAGGAGCCUUCAGCAUCCGUGGCCUCCAGGCAGCUGUGCUGAUUGCGGUCUAUGAAUUCGCUCAUGCGAUCUACCCGUCUGCAGUCCUGUCCAUCGCCUCCUGCGCAAGAAGUGGAAGGGCUCUGAACAUCCACCUGACUUUGACAGAGAGUCCGGCGGAAUGUGUCGAUGGUUUCCAGUCGGAGGAGAAGAGACGGCUGUGGUGGGCAAUCCUGAUCCUCGAUCGCUUCGCAAACAUAAGCUGUCCGGGCAGACGCAACUUUGAGACCGACGAUCCCAGCCCAGAGGAUCUUCUACCUGUCGAUGACGCGGCUUGGGAUGCCGGCAUGGUCACUCCCCACGACAGGAUGACCAUCUCGUGCCCGUCGACGGAAAGGAUGGGUCGAUUCGCCAAGUUGGCACAGGCAACACAUCUCCUUUGUCGUGUGCUCCAGCACGUUGGCGACGACUCGAUGGAAGCCGAGUUUCGAGAGACCCAGGAGCGGCAGCUGGAGAAGGCGAUUCAGAUGUCGAUUCGGAUGGUGAGUGGCGUCCUCAAAGGUCCUGCGGGCGCCCACGCACAGAUUUGUUACAGUUCCCUGUUCGUCCUGUACGACGACGCCCUGCGCAUCGAGCCAUCCACGCCCACCGAACUGAGACGUCGUGAUCAUGCGCGGGACCUGCUCGAACGAGUCUCGAAGACGUGCUCAACUUCGUCGGCGCACUUUCUCCAGGGAAAUGCGCUCCCCGUCGAGAUGGUAACUCCGUUCGUUCUGCAUUGGCAGUACCGAGCCGCGGCGUUUUACGUUCGCAUGGUCAGGGAAAGAUCCAACAGCGACCACGCAAGGAGUUUGGAGACUCUCAAGAUGGGACUGAGGCGGCUUGACACGAGGUGGAAAAUUGCAGGUACUUACAGACAUACCUGA